AUGGCAAUCGCAGCAGGGCGUCUUGAUCUCAACCCAUUUGCAUGCGACCAGGCAGGCACGUACGGCAUCGGCCUCAAGUGGCGUGACGAGAGCGACGUCGUGCGUUGGGAAGUCUACCCCGGGUUGGCUACGGACCAGCCCAUCAGCGCGCGCGCAGCUCAAGACAAGGAGCAUUUCGACGCCCUCAUGCAGGCAGAAGCUCGAGGCGACCGUAAAGCCAUCAACCGUGAGCAGGACAAGGGGCACACGUACCUCUACAGGCUGGGGAUCAUCGAGUGGUUCAUGUGGGUACAGACGACCCUCGCACCUCACCCGGGCAGCCUCCUCACCGACCUCAGCGAGGAGCAGUACCUCGACUUUGUGGUCUACAACGUCACGGGCCACCAGCUCACGCUUCUCGGCUCUAGGGGCUUCCAGCUGCAGCACAAGAAGCGCUUGCUCAACGCCGGCGCCGAGCAUAUUGACAUGGCCAUGUUCAACGCUCGUCACGGCAAUUACAAGCGCAUCGAGCUGUACCGCAACGCCCGCUUCUCGCACAGCACCGCCUCGCAGAUCAACGGACCAUACCCGGCACUCCACUUCGAGGACGCGCCCGUGUGGGCCACCAAGAAGGUGCUGCGCAAAAAGGAGCGAGGUGCAGACAACGUUCGGCUCGCCGACGCCCCUGGACCCGCCUCAGUCGUCGCCUCCUCCCCUGGCCGCCUGCACAGGGACACGAGGAAUGCUGUCAUAGCGGCGUCGGCGCUCGCCAUGCCAGGUGCGCAGCCCGACGAGCGCGACGACGACGUCGACGACGAGUACGAAUGGAUCGACGAGCGUUACGAGGUCGAGGGCCUCUUCGAAGUCGUAGACGUCUUCGAGCCGACGAGCGAGGCAAACAUCGAGAUCGAGUUCGACUACUACCGCUUCAUGGUAGAGCGCGACUCGAUCGAAGAAGCCCCGCUGCUCGACAAGAUCGACGACGGCACUGGGAACCGCUCCGUCUACGCUCUCAGGGUAAAUUCUCAUGCCGCCAACGCAGGCGAAGCGCGCACCUGCCUCGUCCGCUCGCAACUCACCUUCGACGAGCGCAAGGAGCACAAGGCCAAGCUCACCUCCUCCACGGGCUGGGCCUUUGAGAUCAAGCAGGGCAAGAUCGUCGUCUCCGGCAAUGGCGCAUCCUACUGCCAGUCCCUCGCAGCAGGGCCCGAGGCAUCGUGGCUCCUCGCCAACUACCAAGUCUGGUCUGAGACGAGGGCCAACGACGGGAUCGCGGGCUUGUGGGAUCACUUCCUGUCCCUCCUCACUGAGAUCUUGACGGUCAACAAGACGGGGGAAGCCGCUCGCAUCGUCCGCCAGAGCUGGCAACCCGACGACUUCGAGGGCGGCCUCUUCUCUGGAUUGGCUACGAGGGCGAGGCUGGACGGGAUCCGCAUCCCCUUCGAGUACGACCCGGCCAAGAGGCACCCUACCAUCACCAUCCCCGGCAGCUCGGCGGCUCACCAGCAAUUCGCCUGCCUCUCCGCGCCUCCAAACCCCGUAGCAGACGUAGCGAACCUGCGACCGGAGGUGGGCUACGACAUGCUGCUGUCCGUGUACCCAGCGCCAUCGCAGGCAGGGUGGAAGGGCGUGCGCUACUGCCUUCUUCAGCACAACGACGGCUCGAAGAGCACGUUUGGUCGCUGGAAGAACGCCCGCGACAUCCUCCCUUGCUGGGUAGUCGCCUUCAUCGUCAAUCUCGUCCGCACACAGGCGCGAUGCACCGAGGCGGACCUCAUCAAGCCUCACGAGGUUCAGGCACACGACUCGGCGGCGCUCUUUGUCUCCCACAUCACCUUGUGGAUGCCGUGCCGCUGCGAUUACGGUGCAAUUCUUCAACGCCUCAAAGCUGGCUUGCCCCACUGGUGCGCUGGGCUGCUCUUCGAGCUCUACUAUUGCCACCCUGCCGCUACGAGCGAGGAUCUUGUUGACGUCCUACCAUUACUCCCUUCCCUCUCGAGCACCUACACUACUUUACGACGCUCAAAACUGGAAGACCUUUGUUAUCACAACACUUUCCUAUGGACCGCCUUUUGCGUCAGAGUGCCCCUCUCCUACCACGACCUCAGCUUCGCUGGGUCGAUCCUCCCUCUUACCGUCCACCGAGCUGCUUCAGGGAGGCCCGUUGUGUGUGGUGACGACUUGGGAUUGUCAUCAUCGCUGCCAGAAGGGACGCCGCUCGAGGGUGGACGACAGGAGCCCUUCGUCAUCAUGAACGACGAGUUGCAGGAGCGACAGGCUGGUGGCAUCGCACAAGGCGCUCAAGGCGGACAAGAGGCACCAAGCGCACCAAGCGCACCAGGCGCACCAGGGCUCACUUCACAAUCGUCUGCUCCUCGACCCGCCAUUCCCUCGGUGCAGGCUCAGCCGGCCGCCCCUCGCACCUCUCCAUCAUCAAAUGCAGGCUCUUCUGCGCGAUCAAGCAGGCAGCCUGGCGUGCAAGCGUCUCCCGCUACUCAGCGCUCAGUCCCUACGCGCGCGCCACACCCAGGGGCAUCUCGCUGGACAUCGACGCAGCCUGCUGCCUCUUCUUUAUCCUCCUCCUCUUCAUCGGCUGCUGAUAGAGCGAGUGCAACUGCCUUGGCCAAUGCGCUGAGGGGAGGCAAUGGUCCGCCGCCUACGCUCAGCGCCAAUCAGGUCGUGGCGACGAGGAUCCCUUCUCCACCAAGGGCUACGGUCUUCCGCUCGCCGGCAGCGAGAGCAUCAACGCCGGUAGCUCAGCCAAAUGGAGUCGCCCAACAAGGCCAGGCAGGGGCAGCUGCUCAACACGGCCAGCAGCAGGGGACCAUGCCUUCCGCUCGUCCUCCCACAGCAGGCGCUGCUUCCUCGUCGACUCUUCGUCAAUCAGGGUCCAAUUCCUCAUGCACACUCACCGCAGGCGCUGCUGCUAGUGCGUCUUCCUCCUCGUCGACUCAUCGCCAACCAGGGUCCAAUCCCUCUGGUCCGGCCACAGCAAGCGCUGCUGCUUCCUCAUCGUCUUCGUGCCAACCGGGAGCUACUCCCUCGCGCCUACAAGCGGCUGAUCCCUCGCGCCCUCAAGCGGUUACACCCUCUGCUCCCGUGCUGGCUGGUCUUGCUGCGCUGCCAUGCCAUGAUCCAUCUCGCUCUUCUCUGCAGAGGAUCGCCUCGUCGUCUUCGUCAUCUUCGGGGAUCCUCAGAUCACCCAACGUCCCGGCGAUUGGCGCGGUCGAUUCCAACGGUCGCCCCCUGCGCAAACGCAAGCGCCCCGUCGACAGGCCUGGACAAGCGCCCAAGACGAUCGCGCAGAGGGAGCGUACGGUGGAGAAGGAAAAGGAGAAGGAUAAGCGCGAGAAGGACCCCGCCGCGCCUCCCUCGCUGGCCGACGACACUGACGAGGAAGCCGACGAGAAAGCCGCCGCAGACGAUGCCGCCGCUCACGCCUCUCUGCACGACGACCAGGGAGCGCACGACGAGCACGAUGACGCCGACCUCUUCGACGUUGGGGACCAAGCCUCGCCACCAGAGUUCGCCGAUGACCAGGCACCUCUUGGCACGCCAACCUUGCUCGCGUCGGCCGCACCGCUCGCCGCCACCAAUCCUCCUGGCGACACCAUCGCACACAGGCUGGACAACGAUCCGCUGAUCAACCAGCUUGAUCCCGGACACAAGGGCGCUCUCAACCCCCUCGACAUCGCUGGCCCGCCUCUUCCGUCCCUCGCCCAGAUCCGCCGCGCCGUCGUCCGCGGACAAAUCGCAGCAGUCAACACGCUCUUCAAGUACUACUGGAGCGCUGCACAACAGGGCAUCGUCGCACAAGAGAUGCACGACACCCUUACGCCGGAGUUGAUCCGCGAGGCGCGUCGAGACAGGGGAUUGCUGGUUCGCGAUACCGUCCCCGCCUACCUCCAAGAGCUGCGCACUCGCAUGGAGCAACCCUGGGCGCAGAUGGUGCUCAAGCAACUCGAGGGCCACGUCAUCCUCGUCAAGCACCUCUUGGGCGACCAGCUUCAACGCGAUGGCAAGUCGGCAGCCUCGUUGAAGCGCUACUUUAGAAGUGUACUUGCGUACGCCCUCGCCAAGCUCCACUUCGUCCGCGUGCGCUGCCUAGGCACCUACUUUGCCGUGAAGAUGUAG